AUGGUUCUCUUCAGAAGAAAACCCAUCCGCUACCUUGCGCACCCUCGUAUUGACGACCAAGAGUCUGAUGUGUGGGUCAUAUCUGAAUCCAAUGAGAUCUUCACUUCCUACGAUGCCUAUCUGGAGCGCAUGGACUUCUUCAAGUCUAGGUUCUUUACCUGCGAAGUCUCUGGUCGCUCCGGUCUGAGUUUUUUUGACGCGCUGCGGAGUGAACAAGCCGGCUCCCGAGAGAUCGAUGAGGCCUUCCCCCAAGCGCUCCGAGAACCUGUUUUGCGUCGGGUACAAUUCUCCACCACUUCCCGCAUUGACAGCCUAGUUGAAGAGGUCUUCAAUGAGUUCAAAAAUGACUUUUACCCCGGCGAGCUGGUCACCAUAUUUCUGGAGGACGGCACUAGAUUCAAUGGCAGGGUCAGGGACAAGGGUCGCUUUGCAGAGAUCAGAAGUCCGGGCGGAACCCUGGUCAGAGAUUCUUUCUCCAGAUACUUUGUUAGACUUCUCGACCGACCCCGAGAAGAAGCCCUGGUCGAUGACGCCCAUAUUGUCAGAGACCGCAAGGUUUUUACCAAGCAAAUGCUGCGCUCCUUCAUCAAAAACACAGUCACACGGGAGGGUUGGAAUGGUGCGCCAUGGAUCGUCAAACCUGAAAUCGCAGAGCGCUUCAGAAUAGAUACCACCGUUCCUCCCCAUCUGCUGUACAGCAGCAAGGCGGCCGCAAAGAAGGCUGAGAAGAAGAAUCAGGCAAAGGAUGAAGAACCGGAACAAGACGGCAUGUUUGGGGUUUGGCAGCCUCACAGACUCCCAGAAUUAAAGCCUGCACCUAAAGGAAAGAAAGGCCAAUCCCAACAAUCCAAGCUCCUUGCUGUUCAGCAACAACAAGCAUACCAAGAUGGGUAUCACGGAGUUGUGCAAGCAGAUCCGACAUACGCUGCUCAACCAUGGGGUCAUAUGCAUCCGCCAGCCCAGCGGCCUCCACCACCAGUCUAUGAUCCUUACUACGGCUUUCUGCGCCAUCCCCCCAUGCCGCCCAUACCGCCACCAGGCCACUGUCUCGCACUCCCUCAACAGCCUAUGCCCCAGAAACAAAUGGUGCAGCCUCCUCCACCCCCUCCGCCGAUCAAAUAUCCCAUUGACGACAUGGAUGUGCAACCAUUGCGUGACGGAACUCACCGACCCAAUCUCAAAUUCAUGGCGAGGAAGCAGUGCAAAGGAGAAAUCUCUAUUGACCAUGUGGUUCCAGGCCUGAAGGAACACACGGUCGGUCUUCUACUUGAAACUUGGAAUACCUUGAAUGUCUAUUGCCAAGUCAUCAAACUCGAUUCGUUCACCUUCGACGACUUCGUCGAAGCAAUGCAGUUCUCGUCAGUAGAAGCUGACUGUGAGCUCUUCGUCGAAAGCCACUGUGCACUCCUCAAGCAAUUGGUUAACGCGGAGAACGACGAGGAGGGUGCCGUACAGAUAUCCCUUCCAGACCUUCCAGAGUCAGAUGAAGAAGAAGAGUCCGAAGAAGAAGAAAGCAAGCCUCCCACGCCUACUCCAGAACCAGAAUACCCAGCCAAGAGAACUCGGAGCAGCCUCAAUAAAGUGCAAUUCGCCGAGCCACCGCCUCCGCCAGAAGAAGACAAAGACAUCGUGACUCACCGAGCAGCUGAGAUGUUUGGCGACUAUGGCUGGAUCGACCGGCUACGGAAACGAGACUUCAGAUAUGGUGGUUGGGAGUUGAUCGUAGUGGGCCUGCUCCAUCAAGUUGCAGGACGACCACGUCUGAGAGAUGUGUGCAAUGAGAUUCUCACUCAUCUUGCACCCCUUGAUGCCGAUGCUAACAUUGAAACUGCACAAAUACAGUAUUCCACCAUGGAUAUCAACUUGCGGACUCAGGCACUCCAAAUAAUCUGCCAACUCUUCUUAGAGACCAAGGCGGUAAAAAAUUUCUUGGAAGAGAUGAGCAACACAAUGACUCAUUACCGGAAGCUCAAGAUUGAGUAUCAACGAGCACGCAAAGAAGCAGUAUCCAGGCUAAAGGAGCUGCAAAUUGAACGAAGAUUACUCGCACCAGAGCCGGAAAAGUCUCCGUCUCCAGUUCCGGAACUGGACGCAGCUACUGAGGCCGAGAAGACAGAAGUUGAAGAUGGCGAUGUUUCGAUACCAGAUUCCGAAGAUGAGCCACCUAUGACCACACGUUCUUUACGCCGUGGAAAUGAUCGAGCUGCUGAGCGCAAGAGGAAGCGCGAAGAAGAACAGGAACGUAAAGAAAAGGCAGCUGAAGCCAAGCAAAACAAAGGAAGUAAAGAGUAUCAAAAAGUCCUCAAAAAAAUCAAUAAAGAACGAGAUGCAAUCGCGGAAUACGAAGACCAAAUUCUCGUCGUUGAUGGUGAUUUGCGUGAAGCAGAUUGCCCCCGAACACGUGUUCUAGGAAAAGAUCGAUUUUGCAACCGGUAUUGGUGGUUUGAAAGAAAUGCCAUGCCUUAUGGAGGGUUGCCCGAUAGCUCUACUGCCGAUGCGGAAUACGCCAACGGUCGAAUUUGGGUUCAAGGCCCUGACGUUAUGGAAUAUCAAGGGUUUAUUGAUGUCAAUGAGCAAGAAAAAUCCGAAUACUAUCGCCGAUUCCAGAUGACCCCAGCCGAACGCAAGAAAAUGGAAGAAGGCAAAACUAGUCUAGAGAAUGCCCAGCAAUGGGCCUUUUAUGACACUGCAGAGGAAUUAGAUAUGCUGAUCGGCUGGCUUGAUUCCCGCGGCAGUCGGGAGCAGAAGCUUCAAAAGGAACUCAGUCUGCAUCGAGAUAUCAUUAUCAAGCAUAUGGAAAAGCGAGCAGCCGCCCUUGCACCUCGGGAAGAGGAAGAAGAAGAGGAGCUGCCGACAAGGAUGUCAACGAGGACGAAAACGUAUGCUAGCGACAAAUCACACCGAUGUCUGAGAUGGAAGAAUUCUACGGCACUAACAGAACUAGGACACCUGCAUAUUGAUCCACCACCCAAGCCGAGAGCUCGCGGGAAAAAGAAUGCGGCGAAUGGGGAGUCUAAUUCAGCACGAAACGCUCAGUCGAGUGCACCUGUACUGAAUCGUCAGGGGAAACCUGUCACAAGACAAGGGUCUAGAUAUGCCUUCUAA